GCCGCCGGAACGAGCCUCUUUGCCUGUGCACGGCGGACGGCCCGAGCGUUCCCCCUCCGCUCGGGCGGCUUCCGUCCGGAACUCAAGACGGUCUGAGUGGCUGUGCGAGACUCGGCUCUGCCUACCCGGCAAGCGGUCCGUGCUCCGCCUGGAUUUGCUGGAAGAGCCGUGAAUCAGACUCGGAAGAAACGGAUUCUCAGAAUGGUGUUUUUCACGUGCAACGCCUGCGGAGAAGCCCUGAAGAAAGGACAGGUGGAGAAGCAUGUGCGCGUGUGCCGCAACUGCCAGUGUCUGUCUUGCAUGGAUUGUGGGAAGGAUUUCUGGGAUGAUGAUUAUAAAUACCACGUGAAGUGCCUAAGUGAAGAUCAGAAGUAUGGAGGAAAGAAUUAUGAAGCCAAAGUCCUCAAAGGAGACGUUAAGCAGCAGGAGUGGAUUCAGAAGAUUCAUGAAAUAAUAAAGGAAACUAAUAUUAAUGCCAAAGUUCGAGAUAUUUUACAACAGAUGUAUGAGUAUGAUAAUAUUCCACGAAAGAAACGCAAAUUUCAGAACUGGAUGGCCAACAGUUUGAAAAUCCACAAUACUACUCUACAGGAUCAAGUAUGGGAUAUUUUUUCAGAAGCAAUGAGAAAGGAAACACUUGAAACCCAAUCUCUAAAAAAUGAAAUUAUGCCUGUGGCAUCAGAAAAGAGUAUCACGAAGACUGAGAAACCAAAAGAUAAAAAAAGUAAAAAGGAAUUAAAAGAGAAGAAAAGUAUCAGAAAGUUAAAAGCUCAGCAAGAAAACUUGGAAUGUUUAAAAAGUGAAAAAUCUAGGCAAAACCUCCUUGAGGAAGGCAGCCAAAAAAUGCUCCAGAGUGAUUAUUUGAAGAAGGCAAAGCAAGACGCAGCCGGCUUGGUCCAAGUGCCAAGGAAGGGAAAUGGCCCAGAAGCAGAAGAAGCGGAGACAGAGGCACGUGGGAAGAAACGCAAGAACAGCUGCAUAAAAGAUGAGUCUCCCAUUCCCACCAAAAUAAUGAACCGCUCUGAAGUGGAAGAAAACAAAGAUAAACAUGAAGGUAAAUUCAACUGGAAAGGAACAAUAACAGCUGUUUUGAAGCAAGCGCCUGACAAUGAAUUAUCCAUUAAGAAACUAAGGAAAAAGGUUAUAGCUCAGUACUACGCAGUCACAGGUGACCAUCAGAAAUCUGAAGAGAAAACCCUAGCCCUGUUUAAGAAGAAAGUCAGCAGCAACCCCAAAUUUAGAGUUUUAAAAGAAAAGGUUAAACUUCUGAAAUAAUUUUUAGGGGUCAGACAAUAUGAUUUUGUAGAUUGCCAGUUUUAUUAAUAAAUGAAAAACUUUUCAUUAUAUGGAGAUGAAAUAUAACCGUAUUUGAUUGUAAAUUCAUUUUUUAUAAUAUGAAAAUUAAAGACAUU